AAACCUUUCCCAAAAAUCCCUAGAAGGACAAAUUUUAGGGUUUUGGUUCCCUUCAAUGAUGUCGGAUUGCACGACCAAGGAACUGUAAACUUCUUUUAAUUCAUAUACUGAAUCAUCCAUUUAUUUAGCUUGGUUCAAUGGGAAGCAUUGUGAGUUCAUUAGUGUCAAACUUUUUCAAAGCUGUCGGUAACUUGUUCAGUGCUCCGUUAGAUUUUCUUUCUGGAAAAUCUUGCAGCGCAACAUGUGGAUCGACAUGGGAUCUAACGUGUUACAUCGAGAAUUUCUGCGUGGCUAAUCUGUUGAAGCUGGUAGCUGUGUUGUUCCUCUUUUAUAUGGGUAAGCAAACAACACUCUUUCUGUUGUUGUUCUUCUACCUCCUCUACAAAAUCGGCAUUUGUCAAUGCCUCGGCCGAAGUAUUUGCAAGAUGCUAUGGGCCUGUGUCACAUCCUGCUAUUUAUCGUGCGAGUAUUGCUGCAUGUUUCUUCGGUUUAAAAUACGGAAACUAAAGAAAAUGAAGCAUGAACACUCAAUGAGUAUGGAAGAGUACAACUCAAGCACCACUAGCAGUGAAGAAUUUGAAGCAAGAUCAAAGGAGUUCAGACGAUCAUUGUCUCGCCGAUCAAAAGAAAGGCGAAGAGCUCAUUUGGAAAGAUCAUUAAGGCCGAGAAGCCAUCGAAUCAGUGUCGGAAUCACUAGAAGUUAUCCUGAGAAAUCGAAGAAGUACAGGAAUGUAGGUUCAGUCCAUGACAUUAGAGUCACUCGAACAUCGAAAUUUGUUCAGAAAUCUAGUUUUAACAGGAGAUACAGAAGGUGGUGAUUGAUCAUAAAUUGGCAUGAUACUUGUUGGAAUAAUUAGUACUAUAAUUAUUGUAUGACUUCAUUGAUGAUUCAAUUUGAUUUUAUUUGUUAUUUAAAUUGGAAUCUUGGAGUUGAUAUUCUCAUGCUUGACAAAAACACAUGAGGUUCUUGUUUUUUUUUUUGUUUUUUUUGUUUUUAUGGAGAAAACAUGAGA